AUGUCUGCUGUAAAGAACUUGAGAAGGUGUACUCAUGCUGGAAGCUGGUACAAUGAUAAUGCCACUGCAUUGAACAAACAGUUGGGUGGAUGGUUGGAUGAGAACAAGCCAUCAGGUCUAAAUACAAGGGCAAUAAUUGUACCACAUGCAGGUUAUGCUUAUAGUGGUAGAGCAGCGGCUCAUGGAUACAUCAAUCUUGAUGCUAACAAAUACAAGCGUAUCUUUAUUCUUGGACCAUCCCAUCAUGUCUACAUGAAGUCAUGUGGCCUUUCCAAGCUCACUCACUUUGAGACACCUCUUGGCAACCUUGAGAUUGAUACUGUUGUUAUGAAGGAGUUGUUUGAUACUGGAAGCUUCAUAUGGACAACACAGGACACUGAUGAGGAUGAACAUAGUAUUGAAUUGCAUCUUCCAUAUAUUGCUCGUUUGGUACAAGGCAAGAACAUCAAGAUCGUACCUAUUAUGGUUGGCUCACUAUCAAAGGACACGGAGCAAGACUAUGGACGUAUAUUGGCCAAGUACUUGGACGAUCCAGACAACUUCUUUGUGAUCAGCAGUGACUUUUGCCAUUGGGGCAAGCGCUUUGGAUACACACACUAUGACGAGUCGGCCGGUGCCAUUCACAAGUCGAUCGAGGAACUUGACAAGGCUGGCAUGGCCAAGAUUGAGUCUGGUGAUCCACUUGAGUUCUCAGCCUAUCUCAAAGAUACAAAGAAUACAAUCUGUGGAAGGAAUCCAAUCAGUGUAAUGAUGUGGACCGCCAAGAACAGUAGUCAUAAGUACUCAAUCACUUCAUUGCACUAUGAACAAUCAAGCAAGUGUAACUCAAUGACUGAUUCAUCAGUUAGCUAUGGUGUGUUGUCAUUCACUCAAUUG